AUGGCGACCAGCGAUGGUUUUCCGCUUUUUGUGUUGGUUUUUCUCAGCAUAUUUUAUAGCGCUGUUUCAAUCUUGUCAAUCGUUGGCAACAUAUGGGUUAUAAAAACCUGCUACACGACCCUGAAGAGAAGAUAUUUUCCUGUGAUGUGGCUCUUGGCAAAUUUAGCGUCUGCGGAUCUCUUAUUUAUUUUUCUAACGUUUUUUAAUAUUAUCAGCUUUUUUUGGCGUUGGGUGGGUGGCGACGUCACCUGUAAACUUCACGGAUUUCUUGUGGAAGCAACCUACACCGUUUCGAUCACAACACUUGCAGUGAUAACGUAUCAGAGGUUGAAGGCUAUUACUGAUCCAUUUAAUUCAAGAGUUGGUAGUUGGCCACGAAGAGAAUUUUUGAAAAUUAUCCUAAUUUGGUUUCUAUGCUUAGCGGUUUGCACACCCUUGGUUCACAUAUACCGCGUCGAAAUACAAAGUGGCGAUGUGGUUUGUGUUAAUACCACAUGGGGAAAUGAUGGCCGACAAAUCUAUUACAGUUUGCAUGCAACAUUAUUCUUCAUUGCCCCCCUGGCGUAUAUGAUUUUCACUCAGACUCAGAUUAAACGCGCUCUUCGUUCAAGAGUUGAGGUGAUAAGCAACUCAUUUAUUGAGAAAUCAAAUCGAAGAAACAAAAAAAUUGCAAAGACUCUUGCUGCCUUAACUAUAGCUUUUGUUGUUUGCUGGUCUCCCUUCAUGAUCACGCGAACAUUAAUUUACUUUCAUUUGGCUUCCCCGGGUCUCGUUUGGAGAGCAUCCCAACUUCUGAUAUGCCUAAAUGCUGCACUGGAUCCCUUGUUAUAUGGGUAUUUUGGCGGUAACCUCAAGUCUGGAUUACGGCGUCUGCUGAAUUGCAAUUACAUGCAACGACGUGACUCUAAUCUGACCAGUCUGGCUAUUUUUCGAACAAACGCUUUAAUAGAGGAGGAAGAAAAUAAGCGGGGAGUUCCGAGUUAAUUUGUUGCUGAAGAAAUGGCUUUGAAGGGAAUUAUACCGACGAUUUUCCGGGAAAAAAAGACAUGACUAUGAAUUGGAGCAGGUCUUUUACAUCGGACGUAACUGACAAAUAUUGCAAAUAGGAAUAUCUGUUGUUCUUUGUACUGUUAUUGACAUACUGCAUUCGUUAUUGUCGAUUUCAUUGUGGUUUCUUUUCAGUUUAUUACUUGAAGAUAGGCUCUAAACACGCGUCCAAAAAGAUAUGUAUUAAAAACUUAGCAAGGGAGUUUAGAUAAACAGAUAAGCUACAACACGUCACAAAAAGCUUUUCUCUGUGUUUUUAUUCAAAAUUCAUAAAUUAACGUUUAACGAAAUGAAAAAGUAGCGUUAUUUAUUUAAGGACAACGUUUGGAAUAACUGCCGUGUAGUUUGGAACCAUUGAUGGCAAUAGCAGUUGAUAAAUUAUUCAUAGUCGUUCAUCAUACUAAAACACCAGGUCCUACUUCAUGCCUCUUUAAUAUGACAAUUUUUGAGCGGAAGGAGUGUAGGAAAACAGACAACAAGGCUUUCAAAAUGAAUGCUAAUAACCUGUCUUACUUGUCCGGAUUUAUCACAAUUAGAGGAGAUAUAGGUGGGAGGAUAAUGUGCGACCGAAAUUGGCAGAUGGAACGAACAAAGUUUGUAUUGACACAGAGAAACAAUGACACUUUCUCUGGAGACGCACAAAACAAGGGCAAAAAUCCUUCGUUACAAGAAAAAAAGCACCAAUGUUUAGACCGAUAUUUUAAACGUGUUAAGUGAAGCCCAUUUUUUCUGAACGAAAAAAAAAAAGAAGAAGAAGAGAAACUCCAUGAGGCCGCAUGGCUUCUGACCGUGAAGAGAAAAAAGCGAAAUUGGAACUGCUGGAAUAGACUAGAAAUUGCAAGACAAAUAUCGCUCCGGGAACCCUUAUACAAUUUUUGGAUCAAAGAAACUGCCGAAGCGCAUUAAAAAAACAAAACUGACAAGCUGCAUAUCAACCUCCGCCUACAUUAAUCCUGACCAGUAAAUUGCCGUCAACUGACUGAACUGAGACAUUUUGAAACGCCAAAAGAUGAAUAUAUCAUGCGGUUCACACUAAACUAAACCAAUUCAAAAACGUUUUUUUAUUUCUUUCAGGCCCCUUCCACACUACGCUAGAUAGAUUUGAAAAUUCAACUCUAUUCUUACAGUUAGGCCUAUGGUUCACACUAAAUCCCUCUGAAAUUUCCCACAGAAUGGAAAACCGAACGAGCAGUCGAAACGCAGCGAUCUACAUCACACUGAGUGACUAAAUCGUUUGAACACGCAUAAUUGCACUUCACCACUGUGAACAACCUUCAACCAUUUUCGACAAAAAGACAAAUGCCUAGAGGCAUCUGCUAGCAGGGAAAUGUAAAUGCCUCAACGUCUUAACUUUACUAUUGUUAUAUAUAAUGACAGUUUAUCAAAAGAGAACUUUGUUCACGAUGCAUUCGCGAUCGUCAAGGAAAGAUUAUCGAUGUUUUGUAAUACCGUCAAAGGCACGUUACAACUAAGAGAGGACUGACGGUCCUUCAUCCUCCCUUGGAUACGACAACGGCGACGUCGAUGAAAACUUUGCCGUCCAAGCUCAGACAGAGAUAGUAAAACAAAUUACCACCUUUUCGUUUCCGUUCCCAAAUAAACCUUAAGUUUGGUCAUUUCACGUGGUGGUUGAGCACAGACGACAGAGAAGUUAACAAAAAAGCGCGAUACACUUGCAGUGAUCUUGUUUCGGCUCAUUAACCCUACUGGUUUUUGACGGUCCCGUUCCUGUCGCCGUCGUAGUUUCGUGAGGUCCAUACGUAUUUUUAUUGCUUUACCGGCAAAUAACCGCAGGUGUUCUUUUGGUUCUAGAAUGAAAGAGUUAAAAGUUUCGAGUCCGAAUCUGAAGCUGUUACUAUAUACUUUUUUGACCGGUAAAUGGCACGAAGAACAAGUGUCCAACCCUUAUUAGUAAAAUCCAACCAGUGUUCAAUAAUCAAUCCUGCGUUCUUAUUGGUUGAGCUUAUACUAGGCUAUAUGUUAUAGCCCACUAGUAGCGAAAUGUGCCGGCUUUGAAAACCAAAACAAUGGCGGUUGAAUCGCGUUUCGCUAGCUAAACUUGUUUUGUCUCGAUAUUUUUGAGAUAGUUGGAUUUUACUAAAACAAUUAUUCCUCUCGCCCUCAUGGCCUCUGAAUCAAUAGCCCAUUCGGCCUUCGGCCUCAUGGGCUAUUGACUCAGAGUCCAUUCGGGCUCGAGGAAUAAUUGUUAACUAUAGUACAAAAAAUGACCAAUGACAAUUUUCUCCUAACAGUAUCCAUGCAUAAUCAAAGAAAAAUUGAUUUUUAAACCACUUCUCUCUACUAGUUGUCUAGGGAAAUCUAUGGAGACUGAUCAGUCUGGAACUGAUUUGUAUUUGGAUAUUGGGAUUUUUUCAACCUAGUGAGUGCUCUGUACCUACAAAACCGUCCAUCCUAUGGGAAAGAAAUAUUAGGAGCAGUGGCAAAAACCGUUAAGUAAUAUGUCCAAAUCAGAAUAGAACGAACGUUCAUAAAGUGGUCUUUAUUAGAGGAAUGAAGGAGUUAACGCGAGAGAGUAUUAUGAUAUUUUUUUAAUUUUUUAAGGCUCUUACUUAUAUGGAGUAUGUUUUAUAUAAAUGUACCAAAAAAGAGACAGGAAAGUUAUCAAUAUAUAGAGUUCACUUCAAUAACAAGAGAGAAUGAAUUCUCUCUUGUCUUGUCAAUAAUAAAUGUGAGCAUAUAUACAAUUUACUGGCUGCCGGCCCUCACAAAUCAGUUGCCUUAUGAGCUAUGGCAUUUGGUGAGGAGUUUUCUUUGAUCACGGUGGUUUUCUACAGUCUUCUUUAUUGUACUGUUUUCACUAUGUCAGUCGUUGGUAACUCAUGGAUCCUUGUAGUCACAUACCAAAGAAUAAUCAAGAAAAGAAGAUUUAAUCAUUUUACGUGCCUCGUGGCGAAUCUGGCGUUCGCUGAUCUCGUUUUUAUUUUUCUCACAAUUUUCAACUUUGUCAGCUUUUACUCUGAUUGGCCAGGAGGUGAUCGCACUUGCAAAUUUCAUGGGUUUCUUGUCGAGGCAACCUACACAACUUCCAUCUCGACGCUUGUUGUCAUAAGUCAUCAGAGACUGAAGGCUGUGAUUGACCCCUUUGAGGCGAGAUUUUGUCGUUGGACAAGAAUGAAAUACACGAAACUGGCCAUAAUAUGGAGCCUGUGCUUUGCUGUUUGUUUACCUUUGGUCUUCAUAUACCGUGUGGAAACAAGAAACGGCCAAAUUAUUUGUGUUAAUACAACAUGGGGAGAUAUUGGUAGACAAAUUUACUACAGUUUGCAUGGGACACUUUUUUUUGUUGUACCUUUAUUAUAUAUGAAUGUCACACAGAUAACCAUAAAUCGCGCUCUCCUGCGAAGAGUCAAAGUAGUACGCAACAGCGUCGCAGAAGAAACUAACAGAAGACACAGGAAAGUUGCCAAAACACUUGCAGCUCUAACUAUAGCAUUUGCAAUAUGUUGGUCACCUUUCAUGAUCACACGUACACUAAUUAACUUUCAUUUAACUUCACCCGGUAUUGCAUGGAGAGCAUCUCAAAUUCUGAUAUGCGUCAACCCUGCUUUGGAUCCCUUGUUAUACGGCUACUAUGGUGGAAAUCUAAAAACUCGAUUACAAAGAGUUCUGAGGGGUCGUUUUCCACGGCGACGGGCUUAUGAUGUUACAACGGAUAAUACGUCGACUGUUUAAGUUAUAUUCUAACCUGUUAAUAGAUAAAAACUAGCCUGAAAUAGUUUUCUCAAUAUUGCCCACAUUUUAUAAGUUUUGAAGUACUGUAAUAUUAAUUCCGGCUUUAUAGAGCUGAGAUAUUUCUGACAUUUACUGAUCAGAAUAGAUUUUGUGAUGUAGCAAGUGGAAUGUAUCAAAUAUAAAAGUCUGUGUGCAAUAACAAAACUUACAGUUUUUCAGUUAAUUUUUGGCAACCGUCACGGUAAGAUUGGUUCGCUUCCGAGCUCGAACAAACAUCAAAAGCUGUUGUCUUGCUUGUUCCCAGAUUUACUGUUCAAAGUUGAGUAUAUAUCUUGCCGGCAUUAAAAGUUAGUUUUUAGGUUUUUAACAAACUCGAUCCAAAAAUCUGCUACAGGCAAACAGAUCAGAAGCUAAUUGUACAAGUAAAAAGACAUUACAGUUUCCUCAUAGAAUAACUAAGUUUUGUUCUUUUUGAGGAAUGAAAGAUCAACUUAACAUUCAAGUUGCAGUUCAUCUCGAAAGUGUUUGUGUCUGUAUUACAGAUCAAACCUGGGUUACUCAAAUCUUCUCUGUGAAGUUGUAGUUUGUUUCAGUACGAUCGAGAUUAAUCGAGAGCCACUGAUUUGUAUAUACAAGUGUUAAGGGCUCUCAUUUGAACAAUAUCUAACCUUGCAACUCCCUUGUUCAUUUUAGUAGAUUCUUAAUUACUACAGCUUUUGAGAGAAGCCUAAAAAUAUUCCGUAUUUCGCGAUUUACCUUCAUCUUCAAUUUACCGACCGUCUGAUCCUUGGAAAAAACACAAAAUGGAACAAGACAUAGCUAUUGCAGAUAACUAAUGGCUAUCUGCUUUUUAGAGAAACGUUCUUUUAAUUUUCUUUCUUUUUUUCUUUAACUUUGUUUUUAGGGGGGGAGGGGGCUUGGGGGCUGUGAGUUCUUUGAAUUUAUAGCGGAGCUCCACAACGCGUGCAUGCGUACCCCUAUGACUAGGCAUGACGGAGACAAACAUCCUGCCAGGACUGGAAUGUGUUUGCAUACCUUAGGGCUUCUCCACGCGUAUCCGGAAAUAUUUGAAAAUGGACAUUUUUUUCAAAUUUAAUUUAUCGACAAAAAAUACGUUCACACGUAGCGUAUUGGAAUCGUUUUCACCCGUCCAGUCGAAAACGGUAAAGCAAUAGAAAUUCUAUAGCAUCCAUUACACGGCAUGCGCUGUAUGAUGUAUGACAUCAUUUUUCAGUCGUAUUCAAAAACCUCCAUUUUCGUCCGUCCAAACAAAAAAGACAAGUCGGCGCUUUAAAAAAAAUCCAAGCUGGGACAGUUUUCGAUAACUCGCGUUUUUGGUGCCCGAAAACGUCGUUUACGUGUGGAGGGAAGGCUAAGAUGAAAAAAAAUCUCCGUUUUCAAACACCCGGAUGCCAGACGCCAUGUGGACGCGUUGUGGGAAUUUAUAUUAGGCUGAUUUAGCAACAGAACGGGAACGUCAUUUGACGACGGGAAAGCGCGCGAAAAGGACUAAACUCGACUUCCGGUGCCCAAUUUGCCGCUCUGCCAUUGGUCAAGCCAAACCAGUUGUUUAAAUUGCGCGCGCCGUCGUUAACUGACGUUCUCGUUCGUAAACUGCGGGACUGCAGAUAAAUAAAGCCAAACAGUUUCCAUUUCUGGUUAUUUCCUGUGCGCUAUUGCCUUUUUUAUGUUUGUCACACGUCACACAAAUAUCUUCAACGAAAUGAAAAAGUAGCGUUAUUUAUUUAAGGACAAACCUUUGAAAUAACUGCCGUGGUUACUGCCGUGUAGUUUGGGACCAUUGCUGGCAAUAUAUAUGAAUUGAUAAAUCAUUCAUAGUCUUUCAUCAUACUAAAACACCAGUUCCUACUUUAUGCUUCUUUAAUGUGACAAGUUUUAAGCGGAGGGAGUUUAGGGAAACAGUCAACAAGGCUUUAAAAACGAAUGCUAAGACCUGUCUACUUGUCGGGAUUUAUCACUAUUAGAGGAGAUAUAGGUAAGAAGAUAAUGUGCGGCCGAAAUUGGCAGAUGGAACGAACAAAGUUUGUAUUGACAGAGAGAAACAAUGACAUUUUCUCUGGAGAAGCACAAAACAAGGGCAAAAAUCCUUCGUUACAAGAAAAAAAUCACCAAUAUUUAGACCGAUAUUUUAAAAGUGUUAUUUAUAUAAGUGAAGCCCAUUUUUUCUGAGAGAAAAAAAAAAGAAGAAGAGAAACUCCAUGAGGCCGCAUGGCUUCUGACCGUGAAGAGAAAAAAGCGAAAUUGAAAGCCUGCUGGAAUAGACUAAAACUUGCAAGACAAAUAUCCCUCGGUGAACCCGAGGGAAGAGCAUUAUAAAAACAAAACUGACAAGCUGCAUAUCAACCUCCCAGCCUAUACAUUAAUCCAGUAAAUUGCGGACACCUGACUGAACUGAGACAUUUUGAAACGCCAAAAGAUGAAUAUAUUCGGUUCACACUAAACUAAACCAAUUCAAAAAUGUUUUUUUUAUUUCUUUCAGGCCCCUUCCACACUACGCUAGAUAGAUUUGAAAAUUCAACUCUAUUCUUACAGUUAGGCCUAUGGUUCACACUAAAUCCCUCUGAAAUUUCCUACCGAAUCGAAAACGGAACGACCAGUCGAAACACAGCGAUCUACAUCGCACUGAGUGACUAAAUCGUUUAAACACGAAUAAUUGCACUUCACCACUGUGAACAACCUUCAACCAUUUUCGACAAAAAAAAAAUGUUCCCUGCUAGAAGAUGCCUCUAGGCACCUGCUAGCAGGGAAAUGUAAAUGCGUCAACGUCUUCACUUUACUUAGCCUAUUGUUAUUAAUAUAUAAUGACAGUUUAUCAAAAGAGAACUUUGUUCACGAUGCAUUCGCCGUCGUCAAGGAAAAAUUAUCGAUGUUUUGUAAUACAGUCAAAGGUAAGUUACUUCUAUUAAGAGAGGACUGACGGUCCUUCGACCUCUCUUGGAUACGACAACGGCGACGUCGAUGUAAACUUUGCCGUCCAAGCUCAGACAGAGAUAGUAAAACAAAUUACCACCUUUCCGUUUCCGUUCCCAAAUACACCUUAAGUUUGGUCAUUUCACGUGGUAGUUGAGCAGGGACGACAAAGGAAUUAACAAAAAAGUGCGAUACACUUGUAGUGAUCUUGCUUUGCUCAUUAACCCUACUGGUUUUUGUCUUUUCCGUUCCUGUCGCCGUCUUAGUUUGGUGAGGUCCAUACAUAUUUUUAUUGCUUUACCGGCAAAUAACCGCAGGUGUUCUUAUGGUUCUAGAAUGAAAGAGUGAAAAGUUUCGAGUCCAUUCUGAGGCUAUUUAGUAAAAUCCAACGAGUGGUCUAUUAUCAAUGCUGCGUUCUGAUUGGUUGAGCAACUAUUAGGCUAUAUGUUAUAGCCUACUAGUAGCUAAAAGCGCCGGCUUUGAAAACCAAAACAAUGGCGGCUGAAUCAAGUUUUGCUAGCUAAAGUUGUUUUGUCCCGAUACUUUUGAACAACUAGUUGGAUUUUACUAAAACAAUUAUUCCUCUCGCCCUCUGAGUCAAUAGCCCAUUCGGCCUUCGGCCUCAUGGGCUAUUGACUCAGACCCCUUUGGGGCUCGAGGAAUAACUGUUAAAUACUUCUUUGGCCGGUAAAUGGCACGAAGAACAAGUGUCUAACCCUUAUUAGUAAAAUCCAGCUAGUGGUCAAUAACAAUCCUGCGUUCUGAUUGGUUGAGCUAAUACUAGGCUAUAUGUUACAGCCUACUAGUAGCGAAAUGCGCCGGCUUUGAACAACAAAACAAUGGUGGCUGAAUCGCGUUUCGCUAGCUAAAGUUGUUUUGUCUCGAUAUUGUUUACCAACUAGUUGGAUUUUACUAAAACAAUUAUUCCUAUCGCCCUCAUGGCCUCUGAAUCAAUAGCAGAUUCGGCCUUCGGCCUCAUGGGCUAUUGACUCAGAGCCCUUUCGGGCUAGAGGAAUAAUUAUUAACUAUAGUACAAAAAGUGACCAAUGUCAAUUUUCUCCUAACAGUAUCCACGCAUAAUCAAAGAGAAAUUGAUUUUUAAACAACUUCUCUCUACUAGUUUUUUAGGGAAAUCUAUGGAGACUGAUUAGUCUGGAACUGAUUUGUAUUUGGAUAUUGGGGUUUUGUCGACCUAGUGAGUGCUCUGUACCUACAAAAACGUCCAUCCUUUGGGAAAGAAACAUUGGAAGCAGUUGCAAAAACCGCAGAAUAGAACGAACGUUCAUAGAGUGGUCUUUAUUAUUUAUUAUUUUGCCUUAUGAGCUAUGGCGUUUAGUGAGGAGUUUUCUUUGAUCACAGUGGUUUUCGGCAGUCUUCUUUAUUGUACUGUUUUCAUUUUGUCAGUCGUUGGUAACUCAUGGAUCAUUGUAGUCACGUACCAAAGAACAAUCAAGAAAAGAAUAUUUAAUCAUUUUACGUGCCUCGUGGCGAAUCUGGCGUUCGCUGAUCUCGUUUUUAUUUCUCUCACAAUUUUCAACUUUGUCAGCUUUUACUCUGAUUGGCCAGGAGGUGAUAGCACUUGCAAAUUUCAUGGGUUUCUUGUAGAGGCAACCUACACAACUUCCAUCUCGACGCUUGUUGUCAUAAGUUAUCAGAGACUGAAGGCUGUGACUGACCCCUUUAAGGCGAGAUUUUCUCGUUGGACAAGAAUGAAAUACACAAAAUUGGCUAUAAUAUGGAGCCUGUGCUUUGCUGUUAGUUCACCUUUGAUCUUCAUAUACCGUGUGGAAACAAGAAACGGCCAAAUUAUUUGUGUUACUACAACAUGGGGAGAUACUGGCCGACAAAUUUACUACAGUUUGCAUGGGACACUUUUUUUUGUUGCACCUUUAUUAUACAUGAAUGUCACACAGGUAAACAUAAAUCGCGCUCUUCUUCGAAGAGUCAAAGUAGUACGCAACAGCGUCGCAGAAGAAACUAACAGAAGACACAAGAAAGUUGCCAAAACACUUGCAGCUCUAACUAUAGCAUUUGCAAUAUGUUGGUCACCUUUCAUGAUCACACGUACACUAAUUAACUUUCAUUUAACAUCACCCGGUGUUGCUUGGAGAGCAUCUCAAAUUCUGAUAUGCGUCAAUCCUGCUUUGGAUCCCUUUUUAUACGGCUACUAUGGUGGAAAUCUAAAAAUUCGAUUACAUAGAGUUCUGAGGGGUCGUUUUCCACGGCGA